AGGCGGAGGCCUUCGAGGCCGAGCAGAAGAGCCGCGGGGAGGAGCUGAAGGCCAUUGCGGAGGCGAAGCGGAUCAUCCAGGAACCGGGCCCCUGGGCACCGCCACGGUGCGGUCGUCGGGCUCCCUCCUCCAGCUGCGCUCGGGCUCGGACGUGGCCGCCGUGCGUUUCGUGCAGGGCCUGGCGCAGAAGCAGAACUCCACGGCGCUGGCCCAGCUCGCCAUGCAGAUGGCCUCCGCAGCCCGGGUCAGUGCGGACCCCUUCGCCAAGAUCAAGGGGCUCAUCGCUGACAUGAUCGACAAGCUCGAGAAGGAGGCGGCUGCCGACGCCGAGCACAAGGCCUUCUGCGACAAGGAGCUCGGCGAAAACGAGGCCAAGGAGGCCGACAAGGUCGCCGAGAUUGAGAAGCUCACCACGAAGGUCGACCAGUGGUCGGCACGCUCGGCGCAGCUCAAGGAGGAGGUCGCCUCGCUCGAGAAGGAGCUGGCCGCGCUCGCCAAGUCUCAGCAGACGAUGGACAAGAUCCGCGAGGACGAGAAGGCCCUCUACGACAAGAACAGGCCCGAGCUCGAGAAGGGUCUUGAGGGGGUGAAGCUGGCGCUCAAGGUCCUCAGGGACUACUACGCGAAGAAUGACAAGGCCCACUCCGCUGCGGAUGGCGCGAGCUCAGGCAUCAUUGGCCUCCUCGAGGUUAUCGAGUCGGACUUCUCCAAGAACCUGGCGGAGAUGAUCUCGACAGAAGAGGCUGCAGUGAACGAGUACGAGGAGCAGUCCAAGCAGAACGCCGUAGACAAAACCAACAAGGAGCAGGAACUCCGACCCCCCAGGAGUUCGCUGCGCGGGACAAGGAGACGGCGGAGGCGAAGACCGACCGGGAGGGCGUGCAGAAGGAGCUCGACGCAGUGCAGGCAGUGCUGAAGAGCCUGCACGCUCAGUGCGACGAGACGGUGACGCCCUACGAGGAGCUCACCAGGCGGCGCGCGGCGGAGGUCGCCGGCCUGAAGGAGGCGCUGUCCAUCCUCGAAGGCGAGGCCGUGCUGCUCCAGAGGGGCUCCAGCAGCCGCAGGCUGCGGGCGGUGCGCAGGCACGUCGCGGCCUGAGGGGCGAGCUUCGGCGGCCGCGCCGCCGCGCGCAACGGCUCUCUUGCCAGGCCUCCACUACGGGGUCGGAGCAGAUGGUUCUCCUCCUCCUCCUCCUCCUCCUCCU